AGCUGGGUUUUAAGGGACUCUGUAACCGUGGUGGCAAGAUGAAACCCUGGUAACCCUGGUAACCCUGGUGAAACCCUGGUGUGCUACCGGACCCUGCCUCCCUCUCAUCAUGAACAUUGUCGCGGAACACUUUUGGGAGUUCCUCCAGAAAAACCCUAACAUGACUAAACCUGUGAAUCCGAUUCUUCCACAGAGCGAUCAGUGCAUCAUGUUGAACACCAUGGCUGAACUUUGUAUUGGGGGAGAGCUGUUGUGCGAGAGCAUGGAGCCGGACAUGUCCAUAUGUGACAACGAGAGUGCAGGGGGCAGCGGGACUUCGGGUGGUAGGGCCAGAAAUGGGAAAGGCAGAAACAAACGAUCAGGGAAGGGUAAGGGGGGUAGGGGAGGCAUGAUGAGGAGCGGGAUGAUGCGGGCAAAUAUGAUGAAACAUGGAAUGAUGGGUGGUGGUAUUGGACCUGGAAAAGGCGGAAAAAAAGGAGGGCUGUCCAAGAUUAAAGAGGAGGGCGGCGAUUCGGACCAUCAUCAGGCGCCCAGGAACAUGCCUGCCCAGAAGAAGCCUAGUACUAUCGAAUGCUUUGCUGAAAUCGGGAAAUGCUCAAACAUGUUGUUGCUCGGCUCACUCGGAACGAUCAAGAACUUGAGCAUCUUCAAGGACCUGUCUUUGGACGACUGGCUGGAUCAGAUGAACCGGACCUUUAUGUUCCUCUUGCUGUGUUUUAUGGGGACCAUUGUAGCUGUCGGCCAGUAUACUGGUAAAAAUAUAUCCUGUGAUGGAUUUACGAAGUUUACGGAGGAUUUUUCCCAAGACUACUGCUGGACUCAAGGCUUGUACACGAUUAAAGAAGCGUACGAUUUGCCUGAGUCCCAGAUUCCCUAUCCCGGGAUCAUCCCUGAGAACGUACCCUCUUGCAGGCCGCACACCCUUAAAAAUGGAGGAAAGAUAGUCUGUCCUCCUGAAAGCGAAGUGAAACCCCUUACCAGGGCCAGACAUCUGUGGUAUCAGUGGAUUCCAUUUUACUUCUGGGUGGUGGCUCCAGUCUUCUAUCUUCCUUAUAUGUUCGUGAAGCGGAUGGGUCUAGACCGGAUGAAACCUCUACUAAAGAUAAUGAGUGACUACUAUCACUGUACCACUGAGACACCAUCCGAGGAGAUAAUAAUAAAAUGUGCGGACUGGGUGUACAACAGUAUAGUGGACCGGCUCUCAGAGGGUAGCAGCUGGACUAGUUGGCGGAACCGGCACGGCCUGGGACUGGCAGUGCUGGCCAGUAAGUUCAUGUAUCUGGGUGGCAGUGUCCUCGUCAUGGUACUCACUUCCGUCAUGUUCCAGGUUGGUGAUUUCCAAACAUAUGGGUACGACUGGAUUACGCAGUUCCCUGAGCCUGACAACUAUUCAACUUCUGUUAAACACAAACUUUUCCCAAAGAUGGUCGCCUGCGAGAUUAAAAGGUGGGGAACGACUGGUCUGGAGGAAGAGAAUGGAAUGUGUGUGUUGACCCCCAAUGUUAUCUAUCAGUAUGUCUUCCUAAUCAUGUGGUUCGCUCUUACCAUCACCAUUUUUACCAACUUCGGGAACAUAUUUUUCUAUGUGUUUAAGCUAACAGCUACGAGAUAUACCUACAGCAAAUUAGUAGCUACAGGACAUUUCUCUCACAAGCACCCUGGCUGGAAGUUCAUGUACUACAGGAUAGGAACAUCAGGACGCGUCCUCCUAAACAUUGUCGCCCAAAACACAAACCCUAUCAUUUUCGGAGCCAUCAUGGAAAAACUAUGUCCCUCAGUCAUAAAGCAUUUGAGAAUAGGACACGUACCGGGCGAAUAUUUAACGGACCCCGCAUAACAGUGGCUCUCAGUUCCCGGCGGGUUUUUUAAUGUUUUUAAUUAGAAAUCUCAGAAUUCCUCGAUGGGUUUAUUAUACGAGAUGAAAUCAAAGCCAGACAGCUAAAAUUGAGGAAAUCAUGAGAUCCUGGAUUUCGAUUAUCCUAAAAUGAAUCCUUCGUCUUUGUACUUUCUCAGCUCGAUCUUCAACAUUCCAUCCCAGAAAAGAAAAAAAACAAAAGACUAAAACAGGAUUCAAUCUUUAUUACUGGACUUGAUGUUUGCAUGAACACAGAAUAUUUGUGAAAGAACUCGUUUUGCAGCCUGAGGAGUGACUAGUAAGGACCAUGGGCUGUUUUUCAUGUUUUUGUUCUUUGUGUAAAGCUUGAGAGGGAAAUGAGAAAACAGUGGUGCUUCGAGUGACCGAAUCCUACAAGGAUCCUUUUUAUGAGGGAACUGUAUAUGAUCAUUGAUCAAUGAUCAUUUGUUAUUUCCAAUACGUACAUGUAAAGGACAUAUUUUUAUUGUCUGUUAAGUUAAGUAAGGUUUAUGAUGGUUCGUUUCGGUUACUCGAACGACUGAAAGAUUCGUUAUUGACUAUGCUUAUGAUUAAUGGGGUUGAUCGCUUCUCUUUUUCACUUUGAUUUCAGGUUGAUACGCUGUUUUAUUCUAUACAUAUAAUGAAGUUUGAACACGUUUGGGCAUGACCAUUUUAUAGUCAAAAUGACAAAAAAACGUAAUAUGUUUCUGUUUUCUCAUUUCUUGAGUCUCUAAUGCGAUGGUAAUUACUACUGACAGUUGCCGAUGCAAUUAAUCUAAGGUUUCAUUUCAAGAUCUUACGUUUUAUUUCAUGGACAUUGGGUAGAAUGAUUACAAUUGUGCAACUGUACAAAAUUUCUCCAUUUUUAUGUCUAUGCUAAACUGACUAUUUGAAUUGUUUAACAUAA